UGAGUAAACUCAGGCUUGUUGAGCAGUGUGAGGGUAAAUAGAUAUCGGGCCUUGAGUGUGAGAUAGCAGAAUUGUUGCGGUACUGAGGUGCUGCGGCGGUACGGUCCUAGAGCGCUGGAUGAGGACAGAUGCAUAUGAUGAUGCAUUGCUGAUGUGCUUAGAAGAAAGCCAAGGAUAAGAAACAUAAGUUGAGAAAGAAUUGAAUUGAAGCAUUUUGGCUGAAGGCGGAAGGUACUCACGUUCACGACACCAUUCUGUGAUGAUACCAGAAAAGGUGCUGACAGGAGCUGAUUGCCAAUGUUCCUUUUGAGCACAUCCUUGGGGUUACAAAAAGAAAGGAUGGGUGUUUUAUCAAACAUGCCAUACUUCUCAUUUUCAGUGCUGUGUAUUUUGUCUGCAAAUAUUUUCCAAGCAGACCACAUCAAGACAACAGGUGUGUUUUGGAGACUAGACCCAUUGGAAGACAAGGUCAUCAGCAUUGGUAGUUCACAAACAGCAGAACACAAUAUCUCAAGCAGCACAUCUGCAAUCCCCUUUGAGCAAGAUAUCAUAUUUGAAGCACUCUUGAGUACAAAUAUGAAAGAUGGCAUUUGGACAAAACACCAAACUCUCAGUUUCUGCACAGGCAAUGCUGCACUGGCUAAUGGUUGUGUUGACAUCAGGUUUAAUAUGCCUUCUGAGUCAAACCAGAUCACCUCUAGGAACGAGUCGGCCGCGGCGGAGCCGGAGGAGCCGCUCGACUGCGGCAAGUCGGUCAACUUCACCCACUACGACCACCUGGUGGGCGUGUCGAGCCGACGCCACCACCCGCACGUGCCGGAGCCGCACGCCAGCCUGGUGUUCCGCCGGCGCGGCGAGAGCGUCGACCUCGACCUGCUGGAGCGGAAGCUGCGACGCUCCAAGCGAGAGAAGCCGAAGUCACUGCAGCUGUACAACCAGAUAGGCAACUUCUGGCGAAUAAAGGGCGACGCGUCCAAGGCCAUCGAGUGCUACCGCCGCUCACUGGCUGUGUCGCCUAAUAAUGCAGAGGUGCUGUUGAGCCUGGCUCGGGUGCUGUUCAACCUGCAGUACCUGGACGACGCCAUCUUCCUGACCCGACGCUCUCUGGAGGUGCAGCCGCCCGACCAGAGCGCCUGGCUCCAGCACUUCACUCUGGGCGAAAUACUCAAGGAGUAUGGUAACUACCAGGAGGCGGAGAUGCACCUGCGCCACACGCUGGAGCUGCGGCCGCGCUUCCAGCCGGCCGAGGAGGCGCUGCGCCAGAUGGAGGCGGCGCCUGGCACGCGCUUACACGGCUACACGGUGUUCAUCAUCUUCGUGCUGGUGGCCUGUGUGCUGCUCAGCAUCCUGUCGACGCUGGAGUCGGCGGCGGCCGAGCCGGGCUCUCCGGAGGGUGCGCGGCCUGGCCGGGCCGGCAUGCGCGCGCUGCGAGGUCGCUGGCGACGCUCUGUCUGAAGCGACCGGGCGCCGCCGGUGCGCAGAUGCCACCAGCAGCGGCGGUCCCGAUCGUCCCGGCUCUCGUGCCCUCGAGACUCGCCGACCGGCCGCUCGAGCGGUUGGCCCGCAGUUGUUCUCGGUGCCCGCAGCUGGUGGCUGUGUGGCUGCCUCAGUGCGCGUCGAGCGAUGGUCGGUGCAGGAUGUACCUGACUUUGGUCCUCGGCUUACCAGGAGACGGGCCUGGUCACCCAGGCCCUGGCUGUUGAUCUGAUGUUCUUAUUGAAAUGCGGGUGAUCCCGGUGAGCGGAUUGCAAAUGCUCUCAGAGUCUGAAAGAGCAACUGUUUUGUGUUAUGUUGUGAGGCCGUGGGUCUUCCACCCCAUCCGACUAGUCGAUCGACUCGAUUCUCCCAUCUGAUCGAGUUUCGCUUGGCCGGAUAUAAAUAAAUUUGUGCCAGUCAUGCUCAUGAAUCAUUUCAGCUCUAUCGAUCACCCAUUAAGCGCCUGCAAUUGUGUUCAAUUGAUUUUUUUCUGUGGAGCGCUAGCAGUUGCGCCAAUCCCGAUCAACUCACGCUUCAGCAAACAUGGUGCUUUACCGAACUUAUUGCGUUUCAGCUGGACCUCAUUUCUGCGGGUAUUUCAGUAGCACGCUUUGUUUAACUGUCGUGAGGUAUCUUGUGUACUACGUCGCAUUACCUAUCAUGUUCUUGUUUCUUGCUCCAGUCAGGCAUUGCUAAGCUUGAGGGCCGACGUCAACGUGACUUUGUGAGGACCGUUCCGCGGACAUUCGGGCUUUGGACCCAUCUAACGAUGCUAGUCGACCGCUUCUGCAGUACAGGUGGAAAUACAAUC